AUGGCUCCCAAGAAGCCUGAGCCUAAGAAGGAGGCAGCCAAACCAGCCUCAGCCUCUGCUCCAGCCCCUGCUCCAGCUCCUGAGCCCCCCAAGGAGCCUGCCUUUGACCCCAAGAGUGUGAAGAUAGACUUCACUGCUGACCAGAUUGAAGCCUGUGUAUGGUGCUCAUGCCUUUGUCUGUCUGUUGCAGGGCCCAACAUCUGCACCACCCGAGGUGUGAGCUCCUGCCAGCAGUGUCUGGCUGUGAGUCCCGUGUGUGCCUGGUGCUCAGACGAGUCCCUGCCUCUGGGCUCGCCCCGCUGUAACCUGAAGGAGAACCUGCUGAAGGAUAACUGUGCUCUGGAGUCCAUCGAGUUCCCGAUCAGUGAGGCUCAAGUACUGGAAGCCAGGCCCCUCAGCGACAAGGGCUCUGGAGACAGCUCCCAGGUGACUCAAGUCAGUCCCCAGAGGAUUGCACUCCGGCUACGGCCAGAUGAUUCGAAGAAUUUCUCCAUCCAAGUGCGACAGGUGGAGGAUUACCCUGUGGACAUCUACUACUUGAUGGACCUGUCUUAUUCUAUGAAAGAUGAUCUGUGGAGCAUCCAGAACCUGGGUACCAAGCUGGCCUCCCAGAUGCGCAAGCUCACCAGUAACCUGUGGAUUGGCUUCGGGGCCUUUGUGGAUAAGCCUGUGUCACCAUACAUGUACAUCUCCCCACCAGAAGCCCUCAAAAACCCUUGCUUUGAUAUGAAGACCACCUGUUUGCCCAUGUUUGGCUAUAAACAUGUGCUGACACUGACUGACCAGGUGACCCGCUUCAAUGAGGAGGUGAAGAAGCAGAGUGUGUCACGGAACCGAGAUGCUCCAGAGGGUGGCUUUGAUGCCAUCAUGCAGGCUACAGUCUGUGAUGAAAAGAUUGGCUGGAGGAAUGAUGCAUCCCACCUGCUGGUGUUUACCACUGAUGCCAAGACUCAUAUAGCACUGGAUGGAAGGCUGGCAGGCAUUGUCCAGCCCAAUGAUGGGCAGUGUCAUGUUGGCAGUGACAACUAUUACUCUGCCUCCACUUCCAUGGAUUAUCCCUCUCUGGGACUGAUGACUGAGAAGCUAUCCCAGAAAAAUAUCAAUUUGAUAUUCGCAGUGACUGAAAAUGUAGUCAGUCUCUACCAGAACUACAGUGAACUCAUCCCAGGGACCACAGUGGGGGUUCUGUCCACUGAUUCCAGCAAUGUGCUCCAGCUCAUUGUUGAUGCUUAUGGGAAAAUCCGCUCUAAAGUAGAGCUGGAAGUACGUGACCUCCCUGAGGAGUUGUCUCUAUCCUUCAAUGCCACCUGCCUUAACAAUGAGGUCAUCCCAGGCCUCAAGUCUUGUGUGGGACUGAAGAUUGGAGACACGGUGAGCUUCAGUAUCGAGGCCAAGGUGCGUGGCUGUCCCCAGGAGAAGGAAAAGUCCUUCACCAUCAAGCCUGUGGGCUUCAAGGACAGCCUCACUGUCCAGGUCACCUUUGACUGUGACUGUGCCUGCCAGGCCCAGGCUGAGCCUCACAGCCGACGCUGCAACAAUGGCAAUGGGACCUUCGAGUGUGGGGUGUGUCGCUGUGGGCCUGGCUGGCUGGGGUCCCAGUGCGAGUGCUCAGAGGAGGACUACCGCCCCUCCCAGCAGGAUGAGUGCAGCCCCCGGGAGGGCCAGCCCAUCUGCAGCCAGCGGGGUGAAUGCCUCUGUGGCCAGUGUGUCUGCCACAGCAGUGACUUUGGCAAGAUCACGGGCAAGUACUGUGAGUGUGAUGACUUCUCCUGUGUCCGCUACAAGGGGGAGAUGUGCUCAGGCCACGGCCAGUGCAGCUGUGGGGACUGCCUGUGUGACUCCGACUGGACUGGCUACUACUGCAAUUGUACCACGCGCACUGACACCUGCAUGUCCAGCAACGGGCUGCUGUGCAGUGGCCGGGGCAAGUGCGAAUGUGGCAGCUGUAUCUGCAUCCAGCCGGGUUCCUAUGGGGACACCUGUGAGAAGUGUCCCACUUGCCCGGAUGCCUGCACCUUUAAGAAGGAAUGUGUGGAGUGUAAGAAGUUUGACCGGGGAGUCCUACACGAGGAAAACACCUGCAGCCGUUACUGCCGGGAUGAGAUUGAGUCAGUGAAUGAGCUUAAGGACACUGGCAAGGAUGCAGUGAAUUGUACCUACAAGAAUGAGGAUGACUGUGUCGUCAGAUUCCAGUACUAUGAAGACUCCAGUGGAAAGUCCAUCCUGUAUGUGGUAGAAGAGCCAGAGUGUCCCAAGGGUCCUGACAUCCUGGUGGUCCUGCUUUCAGUGAUGGGGGCCAUUCUGCUCAUCGGCCUUGCCACCCUGCUCAUCUGGAAGCUCCUCAUCACCAUCCAUGACCGGAAAGAGUUUGCGAAAUUUGAGGAAGAACGAGCCAGAGCAAAAUGGGACACAGCCAACAAUCCACUGUAUAAAGAGGCCACAUCCACCUUCACCAAUAUCACCUACCGGGGCACUUAAUGAUGAGAAGUUAUCCUCAGAUCAUUAUCAAACUAUUCCAGGAUUGUGGGAGUCUCUGCCAUCAUGUUUACAGUACUUGUGGGGCGGGAUUUGGGGCUUGGAGUGGGGUGCGUUGGGAGAAUGUCAGUAUAUGGGAGUGUGGGUCUCUGAGCAUGUGUGCGUACUCGCGCAUGUGUAUGCUCCAUGUGGAGAAUGUGUAAUUUAAAACUUGUGAUGUGUCCCUAUAAGCAGAGCUCCUCAGCCUUUGUCCUCAGAAUGCCCCCUGCAGGGAUGCUUCCUGCUUAGCUUGAGGGUGCCCUGUGGAGCCAAGCAGGUGUUCUUCAUUACCUCAGUGGGAUGCCAGCUUUCCUUGUCAGGCCAUUCUCUCUGAAGAGAAGGGCAGAGCUGAGGCCUUGUUUCAGAGGAAGAGGUGCCAAGCCCUGGCUCUAUCCUUAGUUGAUAAGUUUAUGGUUCUUGGGCCUGACACUCAGCAGCUAUGGUAGGAACUGCUGGGCUUUGCCGCCCAGCCGUGUCAUCUGUACCUCUAUCAACAUUCCUUUCCCUCAGGCUGAAAGAGGAGUUAGGGAGAAUUAGGCAUCAGAACUGCCUGUGCCUUUUGCCGUCACCUCAGUCCAGCUAUGGUUCCCUCAUAAGGGGAAUCCUUGCUACCUAAUUCUUUGACCUGCUGGAAGUGUGGAUGGCAGGACCACUCAGGGGUCAUGCAUGGCCUGGGGGAUGUGCCAGCACCCCCCACUUCAUAGUCACAACGCUUUGGAUUUGCCUCACUGGCAGCCCUACC